AGACUAUAUUAGCAUGCUGCAAGGGACUUGGUCAUUUACCAAGGGUCCUCUCCAUAACCUGUGUCUGCAGUCUUCAGUUCACUAUCAGUGUUAACAACAGGAUUUAAUUAUUUUUGUUAAUCAGAACUAUUACAAGUUCGCUAGUUAUUUCGGUGUAAAGCGAUGGAAGCGGUCAGUGUGGAGAGUCUCAAGGAGGAGUUCGACCUUUUCGGUAUUGCAAUUUCGGAUGAAGCAGUACUGGAGCGAAUGCAAGAGCAGUGUCGCUGCCAUGGACUGCAGAUCAACGAGGUCGCCGAGGAGUGGAUAGCGUACAGCACCACUAGGGGAAGAGUGAAUCUCACCCUGGAUGCGCUGGAGCAGUUUGAGCACGAGGCACUCAGAAAGAGAACAAAAAGGCAGAGCACGUCUAAGAAGGCAGAUCCUCAGAACAUAAUCCGAGAUAUAAACUCACUUCAUGAUCUGAUCAAAGCUGAAGAAGAGGAAGAGAGUCUACUGGACUCGUACUCCACCCCAGCCAAGGGGUCUCAGAAACGCGCCCUGACGACUCCAGAGCAUCCUCGUUCUAAGAGGAGUGCAGCACUAAUGACCAGCCCCCGAAUGCUCCUCUCACCCGCCAGUUUCUCUCCCAGUGUGACCCCCUCUCAGAAGUACAGCUCCCGUGCGGCUCGCGGAGAGGUGGUGUCCACAUUCGGUGUGGUUCAGGGCACCCGCUGGACUGGGCAGAAGAGGAAGGAGCCGCUCCGGGUGGAGCUGCUGGAGGGACAGGAGAACUCGCUAAGGAGCAGCUACAAGUUCAUGUUCCAGAACCUUCGAGACAUCCGUACCGUCCUGAGUGACAAGGUUGAGGAACUAGGAGAAGAACUGAAGUCCCACUUCAGUAUUGAGGAGUUCUCCUCUGUCUCAGUACCUACACAGGACACACUGACCAUCCUGGGGCGGGUGUGCUGUGACAGCAACGGGAAGCUCAACGCCCAGUCCGUGCAGCUGGAGCCAGGGCGGGAGAGGGGAGGGCGGCCGGUGCCUGUGGACCUGUCCGAGCUCAAGGAGUACUCGCUGUUCCCAGGGCAGAUGCUCAUCAUGGAUGCGAUGAACACUGCAGGAAACCGACUGGUUCCCACCAGACUGUACGAGGGGGUGCCCCUGCCCUUCUAUUCUGUGGAUGAAGAGAAGCAGGACAUGUCAGAAGAGUGUGACCCCUUGAUGGUCAUGGUCGCUUGCGGACCAUACACACCCUCUGACAGCCUGAGCUACGACCCCCUGAUUGACCUCAUCAGCAUCAUUGUCCGGGACCAGCCGGACAUGUGCAUCCUGUUCGGCCCCUUUGUGGACUCUAAACAUGAGCAGAUCGAGAAAUUCCAACUGACAGAGACAUUUGAAGAUUUAUUCUCCAGAUGUGUGAAGAGUAUACUAGAGGGGACUAGAGGUUUGAGGUGCCAUUUUGUGUUCGUGCCGUCCCAGAGAGACGUCCAUCACCUGUUUGUUUACCCCCAGCCGCCUUUCACCUUGCCUGGUCUCAGCAAGGAGGACAUGGAGCGCGUCUCCCUGGUGUCUGACCCCUGCACGGUGCUCAUCGAGGGUGUGACCUUCGGCCUCACAUCCACGGACAUUCUCUUCCACAUGGGGGCCGAGGAGAUCAGCAGCGUGUCCGGCUCCGACCGCUUCACACGCAUCCUAAAGCACAUGCUGACCCAAAGAAGCUAUUACCCCUUGUACCCUCCGGCAGAGGAGGUCAACCUGGACUAUGAGAAGUUCCAGUAUUACAGCCAGUUUCCCCUCACGCCUGAUGUGUUGGUUGUACCCUCUGAGUUGCGCUACUUUGUCAAGGAUGUGAUUGGCUGUGUGUGUAUCAAUCCCGGCCGGCUGACUAAGGGACAGGUGGGCGGGACUUAUGGAAGGCUGCUUAUAAAACGCUGUCCUCCGAUCGCUGAUGGGAAGAGGCAGAGUCCAUGUUUGGCCUGUCAGGUGGUGAAGAUCUGAUCUGCAUCCUCUCAUUAACCAAAACGAUCUUCCUUGAAAAAGACUCUGUGUGCUUAUGUUGAUAUUGCUAUCUGUGGUCCAUGUGAAGCAUGUGUUAGUGUAAUUUCUGCAGCCUCGGUCACUGGCUGCAAGCUCACUGCACUUCCAGCAGUGCUGGUAAACAAUAUUGGUAAAUGUACUUGAAGCCCAUCGGCACACCAGAUACAAUGACUUAAAUUUAGUUCUAUAAUGGCACGAUAUUGUAAAAAGAUAUCCAUGUAUUGUAUUUAAAAAAACUAAUAACACACAUGCUGUUUCUGGCGGGGAAUGGAAAUGUUUGUCUUGUAAUUCUCUGGCUUACUCAAUAAAUUAUUUUCCUCCUUUUGCAUA